AUAUUUGCUGGUUCUUGUCUUUCCCCUCCAAUCCACACAAUUUUCCACAUACCUUUUUUACAAUGUCUGCCUCGUUCAAGUUUGACAACUCCAGCAGCACUACGGCGUCGAGCGUGCUCCCGACAGCGACAGAGUUUGGUUCGACGAACGUGAUCGGCCACGGCCCCAACCGGCGUAUUGAUCAGCAGCUUCAGAAGGCGCACCCGCUGGAGUCGCGUCUGGCGAACUGGGAGAGCUCGCAGCUGAAUAUGAAGCUGCACAUGCAGCGCAGAAUCUACGGCCUGCACGCACCUGUGCGCACCAUGAUGGAGCUCCAGGCAGUCAAGGAUGUGCCGAAUGUGUUUGAGUCGCCGGCCGCCCGCCUGCAGUUUGACAUCCUGAACGGCCGUGACGAGACUAUUGAGAUUGAGGACAUGUACUGCAGCGCGCAUGUUGAGCAGGACCUGGGCGAUGUACACGAGCUGCUGGCACGUCACGUCGAGGCCUAGAUCUUUUGAUUUAAUAUUCAAUAUUAACCACUUGUUCUCCAUUGGCUGAGACGCGGGGUUUUCGAGGCAGAGGCGCGUAGGCAAAAUGCGCAGCCGCCUUUUUUUUUCUU